CAUCAAGGAGCCGCAAAAGAAAAAAAAACAUGGAAAACGAGAAGAAGAAGAAGCUGAAGGAGAGAUUUGGCCUGAGGCGGGACAUCUUAAAAGAGUUCCUAGCGGAAUUUCUGGGAAUAUUCGUCCUGAUACUCUUUGGAUGUGGUUCUGUGGCCCAGACGGUGCUGAGUAAAGGGGGUCUCGGGGAGCCUUUGACCAUCCACAUAGGUUUCACUCUGGGAGUCAUGAUGGCCGUCUACAUGGCAGGAGGAGUGUCAGGAGCCCACGUGAACCCGGCAGUCUCUCUGGCCAUGGUGAUCCUGGGGAAGCUGCCUCUAAAGAAGUUCCCUGUGUAUGUUCUAGCACAAUUCCUUGGGGCUUUUGCCGGAUCCUGUGCUGUCUAUGGGUUGUAUUAUGAUGCUUUAAUGGAUUAUACCAAUGGACAAUUCAUUGUUAGUGGUGAAAAUGCAACAGCCAACAUUUUUGCAUCAUAUCCUGCAAAACACCUCUCCGUCCUUAACGGGUUUGUUGAUCAGGUAAUUGCAACUGCUGCGUUGAUCCUGUGCAUCUUGGCCAUCACGGACAGGAAGAAUAUUGGAGCUCCAAAAGGAGUGGAGCCUCUGUGCAUCGGUCUGAUCAUCAUGGCCAUCGGCGUGUCCAUGGGUCUGAACUGUGGUUACCCCAUCAACCCGGCGCGAGACCUCGGCCCACGGUUCUUCACAGCUGUGGCUGGGUGGGGCAUGGAAGUAUUCAGUGCUGGAGGUUGCUGGUGGUGGAUCCCUGUGGCUGGACCCAUGGUGGGCGGAGCAGUUGGAGCAGGCGUGUACUUUCUGUUCAUAGAGUUACACCAUACUGAGCCUGAAAAACAGGAGGAGAAUAACGUGCAGGACAAAUAUGAAAUGAUUACUAUAAGUUAAAUCUUAGAUGUAAGGUUACAGAGCAAAUCAACAACACAGCUGAGUUUCACCUCAAAACACAAAAAUGCCCUUCCAGGUAAAGCAUUUAUCUACAUCUAACUCAGUGAACAUUUACAGGACAUUAAUAAAAAACAUCUAUCUGACUUCAUAUUAAAAAGUCAUUUAAACAAUUUCAUAAAUGUUUUCAAAGUCUCCUUUUGUAGAAUAUGUUGUUUAACUAACAGGGCUCUUUCAUAUAUUAAUGUUUUCAACCUGCUUGAUAAAAUUAAUUCUCUUUAAGCAUCAAACUUUUCCUUUCAGUCCAUUUCAUAACUUUGAAUGGAGAUUCUCAUUUACAUUACAGCUGUGCAGUAUUCUUUAUAGUCACACAGCGUAAUAUCAUUAGACACAUUUGCCAAGUUUCUCUACAGCAUUUUUUAUUUCCACAUUUUUACCUAAGAUUAGCAUGUAGCACUUAUAAUCCAGGUGAGUUUACAUGAAAGUGUAGUCAAGUCAUUAUUUUUAGCCAAUGUGUUACAGCAUGGAUGUUUAUGUAGAGUUCUUUCCUUCUAUUCAUUUCAUCCUUUGCAUGUGUAAACAGAUGUGCGAUUGAUUGCUUUGUUUUAUUGUGUUGUAGCUGUAUUACCCAUUUAUUUAGCAAAUCCUGCCUUAAAAAUGAUUACACCAGUUUGCUGACUUUUUCAACAUCUUUAUGUCACAGAGCUUUUGCUGUACUGAUGGAUAACAAAUUUACAAAAUAUUUUUUUCCAGCAAAAAAUGUUCUCGUAUGUCCGUGAAUCCUUGAGAAACUUGAUGCAUUUUAAACCUAAAGUUGGAUAAAGUAUUUGAAAAGGAACAAUAUUUCUUUUAAUUGUUAAAUGGAGGUGUAAAGCACAAAGGACAAUUCUAUGUAAAAUGUUCUUUUGAGAUUUGAAAUGCUUGUAUCCAGUGAGCACAGACGUGUAUAUUAGCAUGCUGAGGGUUGAACAAGCAUCAAAAUGAACCUUAAUCAAGCCUUGUACUGUUUAAUAACAAGUCUAAACAGUAAGGGUUAUGUAAUACACAAGAAACUGUGACAAUCACUUGAAUUUAGAGGGUUUUCUGUAGUUUGUUUUAUAUGAUUAUGUGAAACAGGAAAAAGUUAAGAGUUAGUGGCACAACAUCGAAGAGUGAUCCUAGAUUAAAUAUGUAUUUGGUACAUCUUUUGGUACAUUUCUUGCCCUGUUCUACACUUUGAUGUUGUCACUUCUGUCAUGAAAUAACCUCUUGAACUUUUUGUCUGUGUUUUUUUUGUUGUUAUUUCCAGUUGCUUUUUCUAAGGUAGUUUACUAACAUUAUUUUCUGGAGCACUGUAUGUCUGAAUAAGCUAUUUUUCAUUUACAUUAUUCUCUGUCAUUAUUCUCUGUAUCUUAAUAUUGAGUACAAUUUGAUGAUUUGAUUUGUUUGUUCACACUUGUUAUGUAGAUUUUCUUAAAGAUAUAAAUGAUCAGUGGUAGAGUAUUUUGUGGUACACAAAUGGAACUUAAUGUGAGUAUGAUGCUGCACAAAAGGUACCUGAUGUUUUCAUUCAUAAAACAUCAAACGUCAAAGGUUGAGUAAUAAAUUAUACAAACUCCA